AUGUAUGCUUCUUUUGCAAGAGAUCCAAAAUGGCAGGUGCCUGUGUUUGAGGAAGACGACAUGGAAGUUGAAAUAAUCUUGGAUCUUUCGCUACCAACUGUAUGUAGCUACGAACACUACACGGAACAGGCGUUCGCCAAAUGCCUUCAGGUAAUUAACAAGGAGUUAUCAACAGCUGGCAACAGUGUCACGACAAGCGAGACUCUGGAGAUGGCAAUAAAGGCAAUGUCUGGAGAAUUUGUUUCACUUCCGAAAUAUCGGUAAGUCUUAGUAAUAGUGCUUAUAAUUUCUUUUGCAUUAUUUAUUUUUUAGCAAAUCUGUUAUUUCAAUAUUCAGUUCAAAUGAUUUUUUAAUGACUACCAUAGAUACCCUCAAGAAAUUUUCUCAAAAGACAAGUAGAAUUAAUAAGCUGUAUGCUGCACUUACAGCUGUAUUCAUUUCAUUGAUAUUCUUUCAAGAUGAGGGAGACUCUACUUUUGAAUUUUUCAAGUAAUGUGUAGGUAAUUUUUUAUGUCAUUUUUCUUUUGUUUUCAUGAUGAUCCUCAUUUUAGUGAACUCAAUAUUUCCAAUGUUUCUAUUUUAAUAGAAUAGUUGCAGACAAUUUUGACCUAAGCAUAAAGUCCAGGAUACAGACCAAGCAGUCUUCUAAUCAGUCUAUCCACUGGACAAACCAGUAUGCAAUUAAAGAUCGAGUAGUCUGUUCUCCCAGUUUGGCAGAAAAGGGCCCAUGUUGCAAUUUGGAUGACCUGCCACUUCAUCAACUUCUGCCAACAGCAUCUGUACAGAAUCAGUUUAAAUCUGAUUGUGCCAUACUUGUGGGUAGAGUGAUAACCAGGUACUUGCCUGCUUUUCAACCAAUGAAAGACGUGGUGGUAUCACAUAUAGCUCAUCCUCACAGCAUUGAGAUGUCACGGAAAUCAGAAUUUGUAAGUUUUAAAGCCUUACAUCAUAACAUCUUUUCAAAGUUUGGUUUGUUCUUAGACCUUGCUUGUCACACAAGGAAGCGAAACUAAUGUUAUAAUUAAUCAACUGAAAGGAACUGCCCACAGUGUAUUUAGUACCCUCUUGAUAAAAAAUACCAUAGGGUCUUGUAGAAGGGAUUUUUCAGUGGCUCAGGCUUUAUCUACAUAUAUGUCAUGCAACAUGAGAGUCCCAGGGGUAGAUGGUGGAGGUGGGGGGGGGGUAUUUCCCAGUUUUGGCCUCAACAGGCUUGUGCUGUCCAUCUUUUUGUGUUCAUGAGUCUUAAGAAUUUCCUUAUAGAUGAGCAUGGCUGGACAAGUGCAUUCUUAAGUCAGACGUGCUUCUGCAAAAGCUUGUUAACAGGCAAUCUCUGCUGUUCUUCAUUAGCCACUUUUAUUAUUACGGUGCAUUUCCAAAAAGUUUGGCAUUGUAUUUCUCAACAUGUUUGUCCUUUGAAUAAUAUUGCAGUACACCUUGGGUUUGUCUCUGCUUAAUUCAAACACGUCGUCUGAAAUGGCUCAGCUCCUUAAAGACGAUCAAAAGAAGUAUGUGCCACAUGAGAGGAAAGCAGAUGAUGAUCUCUCAUUUGUCGUACCAAUUUUCUUUGACGGGGAUGCUCUCACAGGUUAGAUUUUCGUACAAAGUAAUUUUUCCAUCAUGGUCUAAUAGUGUGGGUGUCUUGCAACAAAAUGCAGUUUGAUGAACUUGAGCAAUUACAUAAAAGAGACACUACAAUAAUUAUUUUUCACCUAGACUGUUGUUUUGCACUGAAGAAGUUUUGAUGGAAACCUUUUAUGGCAUACUUACUGUAUGCUUUUACCUAACCCAGAUCUGCUAUUCAGUAAUUUCACUGUGUAUAAAUAAAUGUUUAUUAUUACUUGAAUGUAUAUAUAUAUUUUAUAUAUAUAUAUAUACAUAUAUAUAUAUAUAUAUAUAUAUAUAUAUAUAUAUAUAUAUAUAUUUUUCACCUAGACUGUUGUUUUUCACUAAAGAAGUUUUGAUGGACAUUUUUUAUGUCAUACUUACUGUAUGUUUUUAUCUAACCCAGAUCUGCUAUUCAAUAAUUUCUCUGUGUAUAAAUAAAUGUUUAUUAUUACUUGAAUAUAUAUAUAUAUUUUAUAUAUAUAUAUAUACAUAUAUAUAUAUAUAUAUAUAUAUAUAUAUAUAUAUAUAUAUUAAGAUACAUACAUAUAUAUAUAUAUAUUAAGAGGAAAGAGCCAGGAAUGUUCAAUGGGCAUUUGUUGAUGGGGGUGAUGCCAUUGAUUGCCUCAAAGGGCUAGACCCAAGCCACACAGAUUGGCAUGCAAAAGUUACUCUUUAUGAAGUGAGUUGGUAGAUUUCAGGCCCACAUGAACUUCAUACACAUACAAACACUGCAAGUGAUUGAAGGUUAAGUGAACACUUUUUAAUUAUUGCUAUUUUUGGGUAGGUGGACAAGAAAAUUUUUUUCAGUAACGAUUCUUCGGGUGAAGUGGGGAGCAUGUGUGCUUCAAUGAACAGGACAGGAAAAACAAACGCCAAGAAGGGACCUAAAGUGGAUUUUAAUGCCUACAAGGACUUCCACGACCGAGAAAUUGAAGCCCACAUUAUUGCCUCGUUUAUGGAAUUUGCUGGAAUGAAAUCUGUACAAGGUGAUGAUACAUGUAUUUUGAACAGUAAUUGAGCAGUAAUUAUUAUUAUUUGUCCUUAACCAUUUGUGUUGAACGGGUUUGGAAUAUUAAGAAAACUUGAACUGUGUGCUCAAAUUUUGUCUUUUUAAACUUGUACCUUGGACUAGAUAAAAAUAAUUAAGAAAAACAUUUUACUAAUUCUGAAUUCAGAAAAGCUAUAGCUUAAAGGUGUUCUUGGAUAAAUAUUAUGAAAAAUAUGUGCAAAUUACAAAUUACAAAUUUAAUUGCAGAUAAGCCGACAAAGUGUACAGUUCCACAAUCCUGGCAGUCCAAAGAAGACAAAAAGGCAUGGCUUUUUAAUCAGAUCGAAAAGUACCUGGAGCAGUUUGUGUUUGAUGCAAGCACUCUCCCUGACAUUACAGAACAAGUUCAACGUCUGGAGAAGAAUGAGAAGGAUGGAUACCAAUGCCGAGCACCAGGAUGUGAGCACACUUACGUCUUCCACUCAGGUAGAGUCAGGUACGUUAAUGCAUAACAUGAUUUGACAUUAAUGCACUGUUUUUUGCAACAGCUAGUAACUAAACUUCACAGUGUUUAGCUUUCCCUCAUGUUACAUUGAUCACAACACUCUUCUUUUUAAUGUGUAGGAGUAACACGUAGGACCAUUUGACUUCUUCAUUUGAUGGUAAUCACUCAAACAAAACAUAAUUGUGUUUCAUCAAAAUAAGAUAACUGAGUAAUUUUUCAAUAGGCAUGAGAUUGAGGCCCAUCCUGAACUUGCCAUUCAAGACAAUGAUCCUUCGGCACCACUAGACUCAGAAGGUUAUUACAGAUGCAGAGGAAGCUGUGGUCUGGUGUACAAAACUAAAGCCACAAGAAACAGGUAAGUAAUUAUUACUUAGUGUGAUAUAAGGUCUGCAAAAGACAAAACAAAGGCUCCUAUAAUGUUUAAAUGUUGCCAUUUCUGGAACUAUAAUUUUACUAAAAACGUAAGCUUCUCUUAAGUGACCAAAUGCAACACCUCAGUUGUUUUUAGUACAUAAAUGAAAUGAUAAGUUCACCUGCUAACACUCAUAAUUUCACCAAUUAACAAUUACUGUUUGGUUGUUGACAUAAAAAGCAUUACCAUCCCUACUUUCAUAUGUAGUGAGGAUAUAUACUUCACGGUCCAAUAUGUUUGUUUUGCAUGGGGAUAAGUUCACCCACUAACAAUAAUGUUACGAAUUACUUUUUUCUGGGGUAGACAUGAGAAGCAAUCCCAUCCUGACUUGCCAGCUACAUACACUAGCAGCUCUGAGACUGGCCAUGUUAUAAAUUCUGCAGAAGAGAAAAAGGAAGACCAUGUCUUCAACUAUCACAAAGCCAAGCUAACAUAUGGACUCUUGUUGUCCGAUUUUGGGGAUGCCAUUAGAGAAGGGGAUAGACAAAGACUGCUUUCACUAUACAAAUUGGCCUUGUUGAUUUUUUCUUGUUAUGGUCAUACAAAGUAUGCAUAUGUGACUCUGCUUUUGUUGGUGCGUGUUCAUGCCAUACUAAAUCAAUCUGAAGCAUUUAGCCUUAUGUCCAACCGCUUUUGUAACACUUCAGGAAGAAUAGGUAGGAAUAUUCCCCUUGAUUUAUGGUUAGAGCAUCUAAACAAUUUGCUGAAAGCCUGCUUCAAAGCUCUUGGGGCAAAUGUCAAUGAAGAAAGUGCUCAGAGGAUAGCAGCUGCAUUAAACGGAAUCGAAAUGAUCCUUAACUCUGUUGACAAAGAUUGUAGAUGUACAGUGCCAUCCAAAGUUCGCGGUGGGAAAGGUCAUGAAGAGUCAGUGUUGCAGAUUGUGUCUGAUCUCAACAGUAUCAAUGCUUUUUGCAAGUGCCCUCAAUGGGAUGGUUAUUCUGGCUUUGCCAAGUUCAAUUCUAACAUAAUUUCUCAGUUGGAUUAUGCACAAUUCUAUCAUUGGGUAAGGGAUAAGUUGAAAAUAUGGAAGGAAAUCUAUAGUCAAGGGCAGUAA